CUAUCCUCCUCCUCCUCCUCCUCAUCAUCAGCACCCUCCUCCUCCUCCUCCUCCACCUCCUCAGCAGCGGCAGCAGCAGUGUGAUGAAGCAGCGGAGGACAGAGACCCUCCUGCUCUGAGACACUGGAUCAGCCCACAGACAGGAUGACCGAGGUGAUGAACUCUCUGGAGCCGGGGGCCGAGGACUUCAGCGGGGGAGGAGCCGAGGGCCCGAUCUUCUCAGACGCCCAUGAAAGGUUUCCCAAGUUGUCCAAGAGGCUUCCCUCCAUCGUGGUGGAGCCGAUGGACGGAGCCGAGGUGGAGAGCGGGGAGCUCCGCUGGCCGCCGGACGAGCCGAGCUCCCCGGACGCCAAACCUGAGAGACAGAGCCCGGAGGAGCCAGCUGGAGGUGAGGACGAGUCCAGCGUGGACGAUGAGGCGGCCGCGGCGGAGAUGCAGGACUCCAACUGACCCGACUCUGUGAAACCCAGCGUCACUGUGAGUGCGUCCGGCCUCUGAGGAGCCAACCAAGUAGACGAGCUCUUUGUGUGUAGACCGAUCCGGAGACAGAGGAGGUAGACUAACAGAUUCCAAGACCCCAGCUCACAGGCUUUGGAGCCAGAGUCCAGUCGGCACCUUGUUUUCAUGUUCUGUGCAGACAAAGGAGAUUUCACUGACACGUGUUUCGAUAAUAAAAUCACUGACGAGACAAACUUCACUUCCUGAAACCUUUUGAUCACCACUUUGUUCCUGGUGACUAAAUUUCCUGCUGUCGAGCAAACGACUGGAAGUUAGAGCCCGACCGAUAAAUUGAGAAACAAACCGAUAAUCGACUCACUGACAAAUCAGCGUCAGCAUGGGUUCGACGAUAUGAACAAACAUUAGAGACAAGAUGUACUUUGUGUGAUGAUGAUGUGUAUUUGCUUUGUUUAUAUAUUUAGUUGUAUUUGAUUAUUUUUUAUGUAUAGAUAUUUAUUAUAAAGUUGAUGGUUAUUUUCGUUACCGCAUCUUUAGGGUUUGAUAACAACAUCUUAGGAAUCACUGCCAAUUCUUUUAAUACAAAUAUCAUCUGAUCUAUAGGUUUUCAAAGACAUGUUUUAAUGUCCCACUUUCCCUGUCACAUUCCAGCUCUGUUCUUUAUAUCAACAAACCUUUUUGUUUUAUUUGAUAAAGUUAAUUUUCUGUCUCUGGCUCCGAGCGGUCUCCGUCCAGGUGUCCACGGUGUCGUCUCCACAUCUGGACACAUGUUUCUAAAAGCUGUCUUAAGUCUUCUGUGCCAUACGCCUGCUGUUACUGAUGGUAGCUGCUGUAUCCCAGGCUUCACACUCUAGAUGUGAGGGACCUCCAUGUGUGUUGAGUGCUCACUGCUGUAGUCUGGUGAUCUUGGUCUCACUGUUCACUUUGUGAUAAUAGCUACGGUGUUUUUGAGGAGCAGAAUUUGAUGAAGAACAAAUCUGUCAUUUUAUUUGAUGUUGUUAUAUUCUAUGAUAUAUUCUGAUGUGUAGGCAUCGUCUUCAUGCAGUAGGCGCUAAAGGGAAAGAAACCGUGUUUAACUGAAGAUAUUUGAGCAAUAGGAAUUUAAAAGCAGCUGAUUUUGUUAUAGACUGAAGAAGUAACAAGAACCAGUAUAUUUGGAGUCUGACUCGCUUGUUACAGACAUGAUAUUUUUUAAAUAUACUGAAAACCUAAAUUAUUGCACAACUAAUAAACCUUUUGAAAAUU